AUGGAAGUUGGUGCGGUUAAACAGGCCUUUAACAAUGAGAUAAUAUUGCUAAAAAAGAAUUUAAACCAAGCAAAAACACAGACAAUACACAAGUUAACGCGGAAAGCAAAACAAUUAGUAGAGAAGAAGGCUCCAGAUGAAGUAAAGGAAAAAUUAAAAAGAAAAGCUGAGUCCGCUGUCAAAGAAGUUUUGAUUCUAAAGAAAAUCAAACCGAGAGAUAUAGCACAGUUUAUAGUAACUCACAAAGGUGUUCUUAAUGAGUACAUGAAUAAACCAGUAGAUAAAGACAAAGCGUGUGCAAGACUUUUGUUGCAUAAGGCCAUGCAAGACAAAUACAAACAAAUACGGGAAAAAUUCUCUAAUGUGUCCAUCAAAGAUUUAUUUAUGUCUCGGCAGGAGAGGUUAAAACUUAAAAAGGAAGCUCGGGAAAAGCAGAAUAAUAAGAAGGAUAAAAAUAAGGCGGUGAAUAUCGAAGGUGAAUGGAAUGUAGAGGUCGCUGAUCAUAAAAUAGAAACUAAUCUACAAUCCAAUGAUGAUGUAGAAGAAAAUAUGGCUGAAGGUAGUGAUGAUGAUUGUAAUUCAGAUGAAAGGGUAUCUGAAUUUGAUUUAUCAGAUGAAGAUGUUACUAAGGAAAGUAUCAACGGCAAUAGUGAUUCUGAUAAGGAUGAUGAAUCUAAUGAUGGUAAUUUAUCACAAGUCAAAAGCUCAAUACAAAAACAACCAGAUAAAGUAGAUGUUAGUACAAAUAUGAAUAAGAAAGUAAAACAAAAAGUUAAAAAACAUAAAGAGAAUAAGAACAAGAAUUUGAAUAAGAAAUUGCAGAACAGGGAAUUUCAUAAAGUAUCUAACGAUGAUCAUUUGCAAGCUACAAAAAUUGUUGAUCCGUUUUUCAUAACAUCGUCGGGAGAAAAUUAUAUGUCUCUCGUUGAACCGAGGCAGCCAGAUGAAGUAAAAGAAGUUCAUAAACAAGGGAAUAGAAAAUAUAGACGGGCUGUAAUGUUCGGACAUGUACCUAAACCUAAGAUCAGAAAAAAUUACAAUGACAUUGAAAUUAAUGAAAAUAAUUUUGUCAGCAGCAAAAACAAUGAUAGACAAAAAAAUAAAGAUGGCUUCACACAAAAUGAUAAUAAAUUUGACAGAAGAAAGAAAUAUGAUGAUAAUGAAAGCGAUGUACCAGAAAAAUUACAUCCAUCAUGGGAAGCCAAAAAGAAAUUAUCAUCGAUUGUACCUUUCCAGGGGAAGAAAAUUGUUUUUGAUGAAAGCUGA